CAAUUCGCACAAAACCUAGAUAAGCAGCGUAGAAUUAGUUUUAUUUGUCUGUUGUGGAUGGCAAGAACCCAUACUGUUCUUGAACGCAACUCGUGUAUUUGUAAUACCAUUCAAGAAUGUUAAACUACGGUCAGAUUUAUUAAAGCUGUGAUCUGAAUUUCUGGAAAUGAUUGUUUUGCCAGCUCUUAGUUUCACAGAUAAGAAAGGACAUGGCGUUUACAUGGAUAUACUUGCUUCCCGUAAUGGUGUUUAUAAUAGUGCCUGUUUCAUUUCUAACCACGUACACAAUAGCAGUUCUAAACGAACACGUGGAUCCUGCAUUUCCGUACAUAAGCGACACGGGAAGUUACUCACCUGAGAGCUGCAUAUUUGGGCAACUUGUUAACAUUGCAGCUUUCAUAAUUGCGAUUUGUGUCUAUAUAAAAUACCUGGAAGUAAAGAAUUUCCAACAAACGAUUACAUCCAAGGGCGGGAUAAGUCACAGAUUUAACAAGGUGACUUCAGCCUUCGGUCUUCUUUCUUGUAUCGGCAUGGACAUUGUUGCCAACUUCCAGGAAUCAAAUGUUAUUGUAGUCCACUUGCUGGGAGCCAUUUUAUGCUUUGGAGCUGGAACCAUUUACUUCAGCUUACAGUUAUGGAUUUCUUACAAAGUUCCCGGCCUAACCUCGAAACGCCUGUUGCUGACACGUGCGAUUCUGGUUGGGAUUUGUAUUUUGACGACGAUUUCAACAGUAGUAACAGCAACUCUGGCCUUAUCGGAAUAUCGCGGUUCAACCAAUAACCCACAAAAGUGGAAUCCUGAAGAUGGAGGUUGGGAAUUGCAUCUUGUGAGCACAAUUUCCGAGUGGAUCCUCGUCAUCACGUAUUGCAUCCUCAUCCUUUCUUUCGUGCCCGAGUUCUACGACCUGGAGUUUGAGGCUCCUGUUAUCACAUUUAAAAAUAAACGAACAUUCACAUGAACAAACACAAUACAGUGGAACUUCGAACACAAUCCGUUCCAGGAGACGGUUCGACUUUCAAGUUGUUCGACUUUCGAGUUAAAUUUCCCCAUAAGAUAAUGUAAAUUGAAUUAAUCCGUUCCAGACCCCAAAAUUUACCCAAAAUAAAACAUUUUAAGUGCCUAUUUCAAAAGAUCAUAUUGGUAAAUAAUGAUAAAACAAGUAUAUUUAAUUUCAAUAAUUGAAUGUUUUUAUUUAUAAUAGUAUGUACAUAAAAAUAUUGUAUAAUAAUCAAUCAAUAAUAAUAGUAGGAGGGAUAUUACUGUUCACUGGAAGGUGAAUUACUCUUCUUUCGUCUGGAAUCCACUAGUUGAGAGUUGUGGUUCAUUAACAUUACCACCACUUGAUUUUUCUUCGGAGAGAAAUCUGUCUAAUGUCAUUUGUUUUUGUCUAUUUUUUAAAAAAAUUCUGAAAUGUUGCAUUACAUUGUCAUUAAACAGGUUGAAACUCCUGUUCACAACUGCGAUAUUGGGGUGCCACUUCUCUUCAGACACACUAUCACCAGCCAACUGUUUUUCAUUGAUCCAAACCAUUAAAAGUUUUUCCACUUCUUCCACUGGUAAGGGUUUUUACCCCUUUCGCCACAUUAGCCGCUUUAAUGACUUCCUUGUUCUUCAGUAUGGUCGAUAUGGUCGACUUAGCUAUGCCAUAUUGAGCAGCCAGGUCCGAUAAACGUGUACCACUUUCUCACUUAGUGAUAAGUUCCUUUUUCAUCUCUAUCGUAGAAAUUACGAUUUUCCUCUUAGGCUUUUCAUCUCUAGUAACUUUCUUUGGUGCCAUUAUGAAUGGGUAUUAUUAAAGAUAAUCACUUUUUCUUAGUCUAAAAUAACUGCUGAAAUAAAAACUAUUUCUCCCAAUAAUAGUUCUAAACAACUCUUAAUUAACAUUUAUAGUAAAUCAUCGUUUCUCCUUUUAGUCUCUUUUUAUUGGGUGAUUUAAACUGGCCCGUGCAUUUGUGUUUAUAUAGGCGACUACACGUUACACCAUGGCACCCCACAAGUACAUGUUUCAUAUAAAACUUAAUCCUAACUACGAUACAUGAACUCCUUCAAACACAAAAGGACGGAACCAACGGCAAUAUUUAAUUAUUGCUGCUGUAUCCCAUUAUUGCAGUUGAUUCGCUACUUGAAAUCGGCACGGCCGUAAUUUCAGCUGUUAUGUAGCUGGAUUUGUCACAAAUACUUCCUGUGUCCCGAAAUGUUGUUACCAGUCGGAGUACUGUUGUUUCAUUCGGCAUUUCCUUGUCAGGAUAUGCAUUGCUACAUGAACAUUUCCACAUUAUAUGUAUAUAUUGGUGAUGAUAAUAAUAAUAUAUUAGAUACAUUUCACAACACAACUAUCCUGUAUGAUCUUAUUUAGUGAGAAUUUAAUUUUAGUUUGUGCAAGUCCUGUAUAACCCAUAUUCCACAUACUUUGCGAAAUUCCUCACGGUAAAAACUCUUGGUACAACAAAAGAGCAAACUAAUCAACUUGCGCUAUUUGGAAGUAGGCAUGUUUCGUCUUUUGCUUCAAUGUGUUGUUCGUUUUCUGGUAGCUUUUCUGUUUUCAGUGACAAGUGAUCACAGGUAAAUGUCGGAGUACUGUCCAAUGGAAAGCGUUUCAACUGUCAGCAGGCAGUAUUAUGUUCCCGGGAUGAUGUUAUAAAUAUAUGUAAGUUGUCAUAUAUGUAACUUUUUUGUGUCCAUUUCACAUUAAUAAAAUGAAAGAAACGGCAGAAUAUGUAACUGAGCUAAGUGAUGUAAUCUGUUGAGGUACAACACCAUAUAUGUACAAUGUUGAUCAACAUAACCUUGUUUUUCAAUUAAUCACAGUGUUCGUAAGUUACUCCAUGAAUAUGGAAACAAUUCUGUUGAUUCAAAAGAUGGUAACUUGUUACUUUUAUUACAGCUGUCGUUAUAAUGCCAUUGAGUAACCAAUCAAGUUUAGAGAUAUUGAAACUAUUUGCCUGUGUGUUAUGCAGUCCUACACAACCUCCUAUGCUGUCUCCAGUGGGUUAAAGCACUUGGUAUGGACAUGUACUGCAGCUGAGAUGCAUGCUGUGCAUUGAUUAACUGUGAGCCAUUUGCUGGUGUGAUUGUAUACAGCCUUUGUAAAGUCAUUGUAAUGGAGUACAGUCAUGUUCAAAAAUGAAG